AUGUUCGCUUUAAGGAGGCAACUACAGGCUCCCACCAUCCAAAGGGCCAUUGCUUCUCAGACAAGCGGCUUGGCUGCGAGGAAAUUCGGAUAUGCGCAAAGCGUUAGACUUCAAAGCACAAUUAAUCACGAUGAAGCUACUAACACUGGCGUUUCAACAAUAAACGAAGAAUUAUCAGACCAGGAAGUCGAUUCAUGGCUAGAGACUAUCGAAUCCCUAAGAGCGGAAUUCACAGAGCAGCAGUACAUGCCAGAAACAUCGCUGGCAGGACCCGGCCAAACGAAGAUCAAUCUUUUGGAAGAAGCACUCAACGCGAAGAAGACAUUUGAACCAUCCGAGGAGCAAGUAGCAGAAUGGGAAGCUCUUAAAUCAGUGCCACUGCCUUUGCGGAAAGACGAGACUGUGCAGCACGUAACAAACAUGAUCAUGCGCCACGGCAAGAAACAACGUGCGGAGAAGACUUUAUCAAGAGCGUUAUAUCUGGUGUACUGCAACACUCGUCAAGACCCGGUACAGGUACUGAAAAAAGCUUUGGAUGACCUUGCGCCUCUCAUGGUGGUAAAAACCUUCAAGACCGGCGUUGCCAAAGCUGCCGUCAUUCCCGUGCCUUUGAACAGCAGGCAGAGAAAUAGAACGGCCUGGAAAUGGGUUUCGGAAGGCGCUAACAAGAGAUCCUCGAGCGAACUUUCCGUGAGAAUCGCUGAAGAACUGAUAUCCGUGUUCAAGGGCAACAGUUCUGGCUUCGACAAGCGGGAUCAAAUGCACAAGACCGCAAUCGCACACAGAGCUUACAUUAAGCUGAAAUGA